UUUCCAUGUUAUUAGUUCAUUAUCAGAUCUGUACUCUCUCUCUCGCCCUCGAUCUCACUCACUCUUGAUCAAUCUGUUAUAACUCUGUGAACUCAACUGCAAUUCGACUUUUAAUCUGUUUAGAUCUGAUAUUUUCACUCUGAGUGCCGUUAUUUAUUUUUUGAAUAUUUGAGUUGCAGCAUCUUCAAAAGCUGUGUGAGAUUAUUGCUGUAAGAGAAGCAGAGAAGGUACUGUGAUCUUGAAGUCAUGAAUUCGAGGAGGGACAUCCGUAACAAUAGAGCUGCUCUUUUUGAUGGAAUUGAGGAGGGUGGCAUCAGAGCCUCAUCCUCUUACUCCUCCCAUGAGAUUGAUGAGCAAGAUAAUGAAAGAGCUUUGGAAGGAUUGCAAGAUAGAGUCAUUCUGCUGAAGAGACUGUCAGGUGAUAUAAAUGAAGAGGUGGACAACCAUAAUCUUAUGCUAGACAGAAUGGGCAAUGAUAUGGAUUCUUCCAGGGGAGUGCUGUCAGGAACCAUGGAUCGCUUUAAGAUGGUAUUUGAAACCAAAUCAAGCCGUAGAAUGUUUACACUCGUGGCAUCAUUUGUGGUCCUAUUCCUAAUUAUAUACUAUCUCACUAGGUAAUAUUCCUCUGAUGGAUUUGGUAUAGCUGUGGGCCUUAUGUUAGAACCGGGAUUACCCCAUUUAACGUUUUUACUAUAAUCAAUGUUCCUGCUUGUGAUAGACUCACCCAGGCAUGCUUUGUGUAAAGAUGUUUCAUUUCUUAAACGUGUGUUGAAUUCAUGGAAUGGAUGUAAAGUCGUUGCUCGUGUUUUUGUUUUCA